AUGGGGUUUGACCGUGACUGGAAAAAAAUUGAAGAUUUUGUUGGUUCAAAGACAGUGAUUCAGGCUCUUUAUAUAUCUUGGCUAAAUAAUUCCAUUAGCAGACCCGAAGUCGUGCCCAAAAUACUUUUUGAAGGUCCAAAAAAUGAUACUAUAGCACAUGUGCCACCACCUCGAAAGGAACCAAAAAAUGGUUUGGCCUGUGAUGACAAUGAAAGUACAUAUGGCAGAGGAUUUUGUUUGAAUUUUGGUCAUUCUGACAUGCUAUUUCUUUUAAAAAUUGGCAGUUUUAGCACCAUUACAAGCUUUCAUGGUUAUCCAUCCUUGUUGAAUGCCCUUACACCUGGAUAUUCUCCAUGGGAUGACACUUCCAUGCUCAUACAUUCUCCAUCAGGUGGAAUCAUGCUAUCCCAGGAUGAAUACAAUCUUCAUGGAGUCGAAGCUGAUAUUGGAUCAAAGGGGGUAGCUAGGAUUAGUAACAGCGGCAUUGAUGGCAUCGGAAGCUUGAGUAGAACAAUAUCAAGUUCUGAAUUAUCGAAGCAAGGGAAACCAGGUUAA